AUGGCCUUCCCUCGCUCAACCUUCACCACCACGCGCACAUUUACAUACUCUUACAUCCAUAUCCUGCCUCAAUCUCCCAACACUCAAUACAUUCUCUUCCUCCACGGCUUCCCCUCCACCUCUCAUGACUGGCGUCAUCAGAUCUCCUUCUUCGUAGCAAAGGGUUAUGGAAUCCUAGCUCCGGACUUACUUGGGUUCGGGGACACGUCAAAGCCGCGUGACUUAGAGAUGUAUAGGGGUAAACGUAUGGCGAGCGACAUUGUCGAGAUCAUGGUCUCAGAAGGCGUCGGCAUGGUGAUCGGCGUGGCGCAUGAUUGGGGUUCAUUCCUCUUGUCACGCCUGGCGAACUAUCAUCCAGAGCGCUUUUCGGCCUAUGCUUUCAUCGACCACGGAUACAUCGCCCCUGGCCACAGCCUCACCACCGCGCGGAUACAACAAAUCAACAGUUCGGUGCAAACGAACCUCGGGUUUUCGAUCUUUGGGUAUUUCCUAUUUUUUGACGAUGAGGAUGCUGCAAAGCUCCUAGAUGAGCAUUCUAAGUCCGUGGAGUCGCUCUUCUUCACGACCGAAAAUGAGAUCAAAAAGAAAUAUCAAGGCGCCCCUGGCGGUCUCCGCACUUGGUUGACCGAGGGCAAGACUCUGGACUUGCCCGCCUAUCUGACUUCAGAAGACCAUAGACAUUAUCAAUACGCCUUCUCUGUUGAGAAAGGUGGCUAUGGCCCUGGAUCCAACUGGUACAAGGCUAGUCUGCGUAACAUCAAUGACGAAGAUGAGAAGGAAAUUCCCACGCUCGCCCGCACCUUGACACACCCAACUUUGCUGAUCGCCUCUACCAGCUACUUCAUCACUGUCACGGUCAAUUUUGCGGAGCAGAUGCGGCCACUCGUCCCUGAUCUCAGAGUUGAGAACGUGAAUGGGGGACAUUGGCUGCAGUUGGAGAAGGCGGACGAAGUCAACAAAAUCCUGGAGGGGUUUAUGGAAGAGAAGCGGCUGGUUUAA